UGAGGUGGGUCCAAUAAAAAAGUUAUGGAUGAAGAAGGUCAUAUUAAAGUGAUUGCAGCCAACUUUGACUCGUGAGACAAAUAUAACUUGAUUUGAUAUUUUACAGAAGAUGUUGAUUUGAAAGUGGCUGAUAUCAAACACCAGAUGACCUGUAGUCAGGAUACCAUGGCAACCGAGGAGUCCAUAGAGACGGAGGACGAACUCAGCAAGGAUGAGGUGGUCAACUGUAUAUGUCUGUUUAAUGAGGAAAAUGGACUCAUGAUUCAGUGUGACGUUUGUCUAUGCUGGCAGCAUGCUGUUUGUUUUGAUCUGACGGUGGAAACUUUACCCAAGAAAUACAUCUGUUUUGUGUGCUCGGACCCAACAGGUAAUAAAGCUAUCAAAGACAGAUUGUACAAAGUGUAAGUAAGUAGGUACAUUUAAAAAAACUAUAAACAAGAUUAUUGCUUUAAUGAUUAUAUGAUGUUUCAUAUAACUCUGUUUAUUUUCUACCUCAAUUUUACAGAAGCCUGUUCCUACAUGAAUUUGGAAAAUAUGGCAUUAUCUUUAUUGAAAUAUGGAAGAUAUCAGGGAAGCAGCCUGUAUUCUGACAGCUGUAAAACCAGGCAAAAGAAAUUAAUUUAAGUCAACUCAUUUUCCCUAUACAAUCCCAUACACAAUGUCACCCUAUAUAUAUAGAUAUGGA